UUCUUAGUGUAAAUAUUCUUUCUAAACAUUCAUAAUACUUUAAAAGGUAAAACAUUAAUGUCGUAGAUAUAAAUGAUGUGUUGUUUUAAGUAUUUUUUCAUGCAAAAUGUUGUUUAGUAAGGAUUAGAGCGUCGACUGUUUGAAAUGUUUGGUCGUAAUUACGCAUGGUAUUUACGCUGGUAUCACUCCGCCAGAAAGUAGAGACCUGUGUCCGUGUUUCGUGUUUCCAACAAAGGGUCGCGGGGGGCGCUGGUGCCUAUCUCAGCUACAAUCGGGCGGAAGGCGCAGUACACCCUGGACAAGUCGCCACCUCAGGUUUAAAAGAGCCGUGCUGUCCUCUGGGGAGAGACACAUCUGCCCUGCAAGACUGGCAGUGGUGUGCUGCAGAGAGGUCACGGACAACUUGCCCAAACUUGCUGUGCACGGAACUUUUGAGGCUCUCUCUCGGGCUGGAGGAGGAGAAGAAGAAGAAGAAGGAGCAUGGACUUAACCACGGGAGCCGCCGUGCUGUCGACGCGCUCAGAUUUGUGAUGCCUUUCCCCCCGGAUGCGCCGUAGCUCCUCUCGCCUCUUUGUUUCCCAUCGCCAUGGCAACCAUCGGGGAAUUCGACCCGCUCAACACGAGAGUCCCGGCAACUAAAAUAGAAGUUACCGUCUCGUGCCGGAAUCUUCUGGAUGUGGAUACGUUCUCCAAGUCCGACCCUGUGGUCGUGCUGUAUUUGCAAGGAAUAGGCACCAAAGAGUGGAGAGAGUCUGGACGGACCGAGGUGAUCGACAACACCCGCAGUCCAGAUUUUGUCAGGAAGUUUGUCUUGGAUUUCUUCUUUGAAGAAAAACAAAAUCUAAGGUUUGAUGUCUACAACGUGGACUCCCGAAGCUGCAACAUUUCCAAACACAAGGAUUUUUUGGGCCAGACGUUUUGCACCCUGGGAGAAAUCAUCGGCUCCACCGGAGGACGCCUGGAGAAGACUCUCUCCGGGAUACCAGGGAAGAAAUGCGGGGUCAUUAUCUUAACUGCCGAGGAGCUCAGCAACUGCAGGGACAUCGCCACCAUGCAGCUGUGCGCCAACAAGCUGGAUAAAAAAGACUUUUUUGGCAAGUCAGACCCCUUCUUGGUGUUCUACCGCAGCAACGAGGACGGAACGUUCACCAUCUGCCAUAAAACGGAGGUGAUCAAGAACACGCUGAACCCGGCGUGGCAGUCCUUCACCAUCCCCGUGCGAGCUCUCUGCAACGGCGACUACGACAGGACGGUGAAAAUAGACGUCUACGACUGGGAUCGAGAUGGAAGCCAUGACUUCAUUGGCGAGUUCACCACCAGCUACAGAGAGCUUUCUCGAGGACAGAAUCAGUUCAACGUCUACGAGGUUUUAAAUCCCAAGAAGAAAGGGAAAAAGAAGAAGUACAUCAAUUCAGGAACUGUAACUCUGCUGUCCUUCAAAGUGGAGUCCGAGUACACCUUUGUGGAUUUCAUCCGAGGAGGGACGCAGCUGAAUUUCACCGUUGCCAUUGACUUUACGGCAUCCAAUGGCAAUCCCUCCCAGCCCACCUCCCUCCACUAUAUGAGCCCCUACCAGAUGAACGCAUACGCCAUGGCCCUGAAAGCGGUGGGUGAGAUAAUCCAGGACUACGACAGCGACAAGCUCUUCCCUGCCUACGGCUUUGGCGCUAAGCUGCCCCCCGACGGCAAAAUAUCCCACGCUUUCCCACUGAGUGGCGACAACGACAAUCCCAACUGCGUGGGCAUCGACGGGGUCCUGGAGGCCUACUUCCAGAGCCUAAGGACCGUGCAGCUCUACGGACCCACCAACUUUGCACCCGUUAUCAACAAAGUGGCCAACUGUGCAUCGGAGAUAACAGAUGGCUCACAGUACUUUGUCCUGUUAAUGAUCACAGAUGGAGUCAUAUCUGAUAUGGUCCAAACCAAAGAGGCCGUGGUCAAUGCAGCAUCACUCCCACUGUCCAUAAUCAUUGUCGGCGUUGGACCUGCAGAGUUUGAUGCCAUGGAAGAGCUGGAUGGAGAUGAGGUGAGAGUCUCCUCCAGAGGGCGCCUGGCAGAGAGAGACAUUGUCCAGUUUGUUCCAUUCCGGGACUACGUGGACAGAUCUGGAAACCAAGUCCUCAGCAUGGCCCGGCUGGCUAAGGACGUCCUGGCCGAGAUCCCGGACCAGCUGCUGUCUUUCAUGAAGAGUCAAGGGAUCGAACCGCGGCCGGCCCGCUCGUCCUCGCCGCUCCCUUAGCCCGCGUUUGCCACCCAACACUCCCCCACACCACCUUGCCAGGGAAGUCACUCCAUCCAAACGUUGUCUCUCCUCGCCGCUUCAUCAGGAUCAAAGCUCACAAAACUACUUGCAAAUAUUUCUCAACCACCUUGUCCGUCAGUGCUGAUGUGUCAAAUAGUCAUCGUUGCAGUUUUAUGUGUCAAAUAGUCAUCGUUUGCAGUUUUAUGUGUCAAAUAGUCAUCGUUGCAGUUUUAUGUGUCAAAUAGUCAUCGUUGCAGUUUUAUGUGUCAAAUAGUCAUCUUUGCAGUUUUAUGUGUCAAAUAGUCAUCUUUGCAGUUUUAUGUGUCAAAUAGUCAUCUUUGCAGUUUUAUGUGUCAAAUAGUCAUCUUUGCAGUUUUAUGUGUCAAAUAGUCAUCGUUGCAGUUUUAUGUGUCAAAUAGUCAUCUUUGCAGUUUUAUGUGUCAAAUAGUCAUCUUUGCAGUUUUAUGUGUCAAAUAGUCAUCAUUGCAGUUUUAUGUGUCAAAUAGUCAUCUUUGCAGUUUUAUGUGUCAAAUAGUCAUCUUUGCAGUUUUAUGUGUCAAAUAGUCAUCGUUGCAGUUUGAUGUGUCAAAUAGUCAUCUUUGCAGUUUUAUGUGUCAAAUAGUCAUCGUUGCAGUUUGAUGUGUCAAAUAGUCAUCGUUGCAGUUUUAUGUGUCAAAUAGUCAUCUUUGCAGUUUUAUGUGUCAAAUAGUCAUCUUUGCAGUUUUAUGUGUCAAAUAGUCAUCAUUGCAGUUUUAUGUGUCAAAUAGUCAUCUUUGCAGUUUUAUGUGUCAAAUAGUCAUCGUUGCAGUUUGAUGUGUCAAAUAGUCAUCGUUGCAGUUUUAUGUGUCAAAUAGUCAUCUUUGCAGUUUUAUGUGUCAAAUAGUCAUCGUUGCAGUUUUAUGUGUCAAAUAGUCAUCUUUGCAGUUUUAUGUGUCAAAUAGUCAUCUUUGCAGUUUUAUGUGUCAAAUAGUCAUCGUUGCAGUUUUAGUCACAGCAACAUGUGGACCAAAGCGGGUCAAAUUGCAAAUUUGAUCGUAACUCGGGAGUGAAGGUCUUGUUUGCACCAGAGUGUUUACAUUAUAGAAAAAGUCAAAAAAAUAGUAUUUACAAUAAAAAAAGAUGGCAGGUCAGUGGGCAGAAUUGAAGCGUAAAACUUAUGUUGUUGCAGCAUUGAAAACUGAUGCCACUCGUAUUUUGACCACAAUAAUCCUGGGAUUGAGCUGACAUUUUUACCACAACAUCAGCAAUGGUAGUUUUUACAGUGUAUUACGUAAAUGGAAAAACGGUGCUGCUGUUAAUUUUACGGUAAAAUUCUGACUGAGUUGCCAUUAUUUUUUUUAACUUAAGAUCAAUGGUAGUUUUAUUUUUAUUUUUUCUUACAAUGCAUCACUGUAUAUUUAAAAAAAAACUACCACUGUUAAUUUUACGGUAACAUUUUGAUGAAUGAGCUGCCAGUUUUUUUGUUUGUUUUUUUAACCCAAAAUUUUAGUGUAGUUGUUUUUCCGGCGCUUUACUGUAAUUAAAAAAAAAUUAAAAAUAUUACCUCUGUUAAUUUUACGCAAAAAUUUUGGCGACUGAACUGCCAGUUUUUCUUAUUUUAUUUACCCUAAAAUCUUCGGUAGUUGUUUUUACAGCAGAUUACUGUUAUUUAAAAAAACAAAACAAACACAGUACCACUGUUAAUUUUAUGGUAAAAUGUUAGUGACUGAGCUGCCCAUUUUUUGUUUGUUUUUUUACCCCAAAAUCUAUGGUAGUUGUUUUUUUACAGCGCAUUACUGUAAUUUAAAAUAAAACAGUACCACUGUUAAUUUUAUGAUAAAUGGUGGUAACUGAGCUGCAAUUUUUUUGUUUUUUUACCCUAAAUUCCACGGUAGUUUUUACAGUGCAUUCCUGUAUUUAAAAAAAAACAAAAAAAACACUGGUGCUGUUAGAUUGAUGGUAGAAUUCUGACUGAGCUGCUAGUAUUUUUUUUUUGUACCGUAAAAUCAACUGUAGUUUUUUUUUUAAUGCACUGUUUUUGUUCACAGUGCAUUACUGGAAAUGGAAAAACACAACAACUGUCAUUAUUAAGCCACCAGGGGGCGUCCCCAAGGACUGCUAUGAUAGACUGUGAUCUACUAACCAGCGUGAGAGGGAUCGAAUGUCAACAUCUCCUCACACCCCUGAAAGACAAAAAAAAUAAAAUCCAUCCAUCAUCCCGCCGGCGCCACACCCAGCCAUCUUUUCCCAGCGUGACGCCACGCUCUCUGAGAAAUGUCAGACUGGCCUGCAGAGAGGAAAGAACACGUGAGAAAGCUGCCAGGGAUCGAGGAAGGAAGGAUGUAAAUAGAAGAGGUUGGCAUCACUUGUUUUCUUCUUUUUAUGAUGGACGCAAAAGACUCAACCUGGAUUGUAAUCUUGUCCCUAUGCAUGCCCCGCCCACCCACUGUGUGCCACAGCCGUGUGCAAAGUGGAGAAAUGUCUCCCUCUGGUGGCCGUCAGCCGUAAAGACACUAUUGUACUCUAUUAUGCAUGACCGCGGAGAUGAUCCCACUUUAGACCAGGAGAUCACUAACUUAGAAUUAUUGGUUUUGAAUAACUUAAAAAAAAAAAAAAAAGAAAAAUAGUGCCAGUUUUAUAACAGCGUGUGAUCUACUUUGUUGUCUUGAGUCCCUUGCAUGUCGGGGAAUAAACAAACUAGGAUGUACACCUGGCAGGAUUAAACGAUUUCCGCUCGUAAACUCAUCAA